AGCAAGAUUUCUUCACUCAGUCCAGAAUUCCAUUCCUUCAGACUGCGCCAGUCAUUACUCUGAACAUCAAGCAUCAUGGUUUCCGCUAAAUCCUUCCUUAGCACUUGGCUUUUGGCAUCACUUGGGCUGGCCAACCCAAUCACCCAAGCCGAGAAGCGGGCUUCUUCUUUCCAGAACACGGUCUAUUUCACUAACUGGGGUAUCUACGGACGUAACUAUCAGCCUGCGCAGCUUCCGGCCUCGCAGAUCAACCGAGUUCUCUACUCAUUCGCCAACCUUCAGUCCGAUGGUACAGUAUAUAGCUCGGACUCAUAUUCCGAUCUACAGAAGCACUAUGCCACCGACUCUUGGAAUGAUGUCGGUAAUAAUGCCUACGGCUGUAUCAAGCAACUCUACAUGCUUAAGCAAGCCAACCGACAACUAAAGGUGUUGCUUUCGAUUGGAGGAUGGACGUAUUCAACCAACUUCGCCGCUGCCGCUAGCACCGACACAACUAGGAAGACAUUCGCGUCGACAGCGAUCACUCUGAUGAAGGACUGGGGUUUUGAUGGACUUGAUAUCGACUGGGAGUAUCCCGCCGAUGACACCCAGGCCACUAACUUCGUCCUUCUCCUAAAGGAGAUCCGAAGUGAGCUGGACGCAUACUCCGCCCAGUACGCCAACAACUACCAUUUCCUCCUAACUGCUGCUGUUCCCGCUGGACCCACCAACUAUAAUAAGCUUCACCUAAGCGACAUGGCAGCCGUUCUCGAUACCUUCAAUCUGAUGGCUUAUGAUUACGCUGGUUCUUGGGAUUCCACUUCCGGCCACCAGGCGAACCUACACCCCAACUCCAACGCCCCUGUAUCCACUCCCUUCUCUACCGACGCAGCUGUUGCCGCAUACAUCGCUGGCGGAGUCCCAGCCUCGAAGAUUGUAUUGGGUCUUCCGCUAUAUGGACGCUCGUUUGAAUCUACUUCCGGCAUUGGACAGCCGUACUCGGGUAUCGGAACUGGAUCAUGGGAAGCGGGUGUCUGGGACUACAAAGUACUACCUCGCUCUGGCGCUUCUGAGAUCUACGACGACGUCGCGGGCGCUACAUAUUCCUACGACAGCUCUUCCAAAGAACUCAUCAGCUACGACAACGUCGACAUGAUAAACAAGAAGAUCCAGUACCUCCAGAGCAAGGGUCUUGGCGGCACUAUGUUCUGGGAAGCUUCAGGUGACCGCACCGACAGCGGUAGUCUAAUCGCAACCGCAUUCAACUCCCAAGGCGGCUCUGGCUCCCUCGACUCGACGCAAAACCUUCUGAGCUACCCCAACAGCCAGUACGACAACAUCAAGAACAACCUCAAGUAAUCACUUACCCGAGUCAACUGUCGACCUCACGGCGGUCAUUUGGAUCGGGGGCCGGCGCUCCGUCUUAGAGGACCCCCCAAUUAUUGUUAUUUUCUUCUUUUUUUUUUUUUUUACCUGUGGCGUUUUUCGACAUAGUACCGACAUUCGCUUCUUGUUAUAGUAAUUAUUGAUUUUACGGAGAUGUAAAUAUGGACGAUCAUGAUGGAGGGAUAUAUUCUACGCAUUUAACUUAACUGUAUAUAUUUACUCGAACUUUCUCCGCGCUGUAUAUAGCCUAUGAUGGAGGAGUCCAAUUUGAAGCAUAAACCUACCUACCA